AUGAGCCGCCAGGGUGCACCGAGACUCCUGGACCUGGCUGUGCAGAGCCUGGUGAGAAAUGAAGCCUUGGCCAUGUCUGCUCUGGAGGAGCUGCCCGGGGAGCUCUUCCCACCGCUGUUCAUGGAGGCCUUCACCAGGAGACGCAGCAGAGUCCUGACGGCCAUGGUGCAGGCCUGGCCCUUCACCCGCCUCCCUCUGGGGUCCCUGAUGAACUUACGUGACCUGGAGAUGUUGAGAGCUGUGCUGGACGGGCUGGAUGCGCUGCUGGCCCAGAAGGAUCAGCCCAGGAAAUGGAACCUGCAAGUGCUGGAUUUGCGGGAUGUGGAUGGGAACUUCUGGGCCGUGUGGUCUGAAGGGAUGGCCCAUACCUGCCCACCAGAUGCCAUGGAUGAGAGGAAAACAGAGACAGACUGUCCGGGUUCGGGAAGGGUGAAGCCCUUCAGAGUGAUUGUAGAUCUCUGCCUCAAUGUAAGAACACUGGACGAAUCCCUCAAGUACUUCUCGGAGUGGGCCAAGCAGAGGAAAGAUUCCAUCCACCUGUGCUGUAGGGAGCUGGACAUUCUUGCAGUAGCCUUCCAGAAUAUCCGCAAAUUCCUACAAACGGUGGAUCUGGACUGUAUCCAGGAGGUGGAGCUGAAUUGCUAUUGGAAUCUGCCCACCUUGGGACAGUUUUCUUCUUACCUGGGCCGUAUGCGUCAUCUUGAGAAACUCUGUGUCUCCCACAUCCGUGCUCCUGCCUAUCUUUCUCCAGAGAUGAAGAAGAAGCAUGUGCUCCAGAUGGCCAAUGCGCUCCUCAACCUGGACCGUCUCCAGAAGCUUGAUCUGUACUCUGAUGCCUUCCUUGAAGGCCACCUGGACCAGGUGCUCAGGUGCCUCAAGACCCCGUUGGAGACCCUCUCAAUAAUCCGCUGUCCGCUUUUAGAAUCAGACCUGAGCCAUCUGUCUUGGUGCCCGACCCUCACUGAACUAAAGCACCUGGUCUUGUCUAAAGUGAGACUGACCGAUUUCAGCCCUGAGCCCCUUCAACUUCUCCUGGAGAGAGUCGCUGCCACUCUGCAGACCCUGGACCUGGAGGACUGUGGGAUCUCGGAUGCCCAACUCAGAGUCAUCUUGCCUAGCCUGAGCCGCUGCUCCCAGCUCACCACCUUCAGCUUCUGCGGGAACCAGAUCUUCAUGCCAGCCCUGGAGGACCUGUUACGCCACACUGUCAGGCUGAGCAAGUUUAACAUAGGGCAGUACCCUGUGCCUCUGGAGAGCUAUGAUGCUUGGGGAGUUUUCCAUCAGGAAAUCCUUGCUCAAUUUGCAGCUAAGCUGAGGCGGACACUGAGUGAUUUGCAGUUGAAGAGGAUCUUCUUUGGCACAGUCCCCUGUCCUGAGUGUGGCAACGGAGCCCUCUAUGACCUGGACAUGGUUCGGCAUUGUUGCUGA